AUCAAGACAAAAACGCACGACCCCAACUGAACUGUCAUUUAAUUUAUUUAAUUGUAAAUUCUCUCAUUUUUCGUGUGUGCAUCUGUUCAAUUAUUACUCAAAACAAUGGCAUCCGAAGCCGCUAAAGAUCAAAAACCAAAUGAGAAAAUCAUCCAGGAAUUUCAAUUGUUACGAAACGAACAACGAAGUUUGGUAGACAACCUCAACACCCUAGAAAUGGACCUUAAAGAACACAAAACUGUGAUAGAAACGCUGAAAUUAGUUGAUGAAGAACGAAAAUGCUUCCGAUUGAUUGGAGGUGUACUCUGCGAGCGAACAGUCAAAGAUGUGCUGCCACAAUUGUUGGAAAACAAAGACUUCAUCGAGAAAACCAUCACAGUGAUAAAUGAGGAUCUCGCCAAGAAGGGACAACAAAUCAAUAAGUUCAAACAGGACCACAACAUCCGAAUUCGUGGCGAGCAAUUGCCCGACAGCAAAGAGGAAGAUAAAAAAGCAUCCGAACCAUCCUCCUCAUCGAGCAAUGCCAAUCGCAAUGUCUUGGUCUCGAAUUAAAAUCAAAAUCAACAAAUUUAAAAUAAAAAUCACUUUCUAUAUCCUCUUAGCGAGUGAUGCGAGUUGGACGUGGCGGUCGAUGCUGUCAAUGGCAGAAAAUAACGUUACACUUUUCCAUAAGUCAUUGCCUCCAAUUUUUAACUUAACUUAAAGUUUUCUGUUCUUUCUUCAUUUUUAUUUUAUUUACUUUUUCGAUUAUAACAGCAUUAUAAUAAUAUUUUUCAUUAUAUCUUAUUGUAUUAACUCUCAGCGAUGUCUCAUUUAUUGCAAACGUUUUUUGAAAAAAAAUUAUUAACAAUUAAUAUUUAAAGCGUUGUUAGAUCAAGGUGUUUGCCUUAAGGCGGAAAAUAGUAAAGGAAGCCAAAUGAUGAAAAAAAAAGAAGAAAAUUUAACUUUUUAAGGUAGAGAAACACUUGCUUUUUUUUAUAAAAUUUCAUAUUUAAUGAUAUUUUUUUUAAAUGCAUAUUUAAAUAUAUAAAAUUAGAAUCACGCGCAUAUAACCGAAUUAUUUGCAGAACGUAUGUUGUAUUUUUGAGGUUCCAUUAAUAAUGGCAAAUUCAACAAUAAAAAAGAUAUUUGUUUAUAGAAAAAAAAAA